AUGAAUGCGUCGGUGGUCGCCUGUCUGGUUCGACCUGCACGGCAUGCAAGCUGUCGAGGCGCGUUCCUUCCUGCACGCUCGGUGACACGGCUCCAGCGAUGUAGACCAUUACCCCACUCUAAUCCCUUAUUACUGCCAUUUGGAACUUCUCGGAGUUUUUCUUGGAAUCCGUUUGGACGAACGCCGAAGACAGAGAUACUGCCUUCUCCACCACCGCCUGAAGCACAAACGCCCUCACAGCCAGCGGUAGAAGAAUCUGCCCCAGUGACGGGGGCUGUGUCACAAGCUCCUAGCGAUGCUGCGAUCCCGGACGUUUCUUCGUCUCUCAACGCCAGUAUACCCGAUACUAUCUCAGAUUCUGUGUCGAAUGUGGCUACUACUUUAGCAUCACAUCCUAUACCAACACAAUAUGGUGAUAUGGCUGCUUUGGGUCUCGUCAGCUGGACACCAGCAGGCUUUUUCCCUUGGCUACUUGAGGUGGUGCAGGUCUCAACAGGCAUACCCUGGUGGGGCGCCAUUGUCAUAACUACAGUCGGUGCACGAGCCAUGCUAGUCCCAUUUAUAAUCAAGAGCAACCGUAUGCAAGGACGGCUUGCACCGUUACAGCCUCAACUCACCGAGCUGCGCGAUCGCGCGAACAAGGCUAAGGUAGCAGGAGACACCUUUGCAGCUCAGGCAGCAAUGCAACAAAACAUGCAACUCCUCCGCACGGCGGAUGUGAACCCUCUUUCUUCUGUUUUUACCGCAAUGACGCAAAUAAUAGUGCAAUUUGGUUUCUUCCUUGGAUUACGGAGGAUGUGCAAUGCACCUGUUGAGCAGCUCAAAGUUGGCGGAUUUAAUUGGAUUACAGACUUGACGGCUACGGACCCGUUUUACAUCCUACCUCUUGUCAACUUCUUUUUCGCCAAUUUACAAUUAUCGCUCAGCCGACGUGACAUGAUGGCUGUCGGAACUCCUUCCGCACCGCAUAUUGUGAAUGGAUUCCGAUUACUCACGGCUAUCUCCAUCCCUAUUUUAGCCAACUUACCAGCCGGUCUAAAUCUUCAUCUUAUCACCUCAAUAGCGUUUAUCAGCGCACAAACACUUGUCCUACGCAUCCCAGCUGUACGUAAGGCUGUAUCUCUUCCACCGCUACCACCAAUUCCGAAGACACCGUUGCCGACAAUGAGAGGCACUCUGCGUCACCUGGUAGAGUGGUAUAAAAGACGAAUGGUGGAGGCACAGAUGGCGGCUGAGGAAAGACAACGAAAAAUGCGGGUGGCUCAGAAGAUGACGCCGCGCAAAUAAGAGGUGAUUUGUGAACUAGAUUCGAUAUGUGGGAGGUUUAUGUUACCUUAAAAUUAUUACAUUGACUGUGGUGCUUGAUGACUUAGCAUUUAAAUUAAUC